ACUUUUACUUCUGGGUGUACUAUUAGAGAAACAGAAGAAAUUUUAUGCAGUUUGAAUUUCCUUUUACACUUGAGAUUUAAUUAGAAAGUAAAUGCAGGGAAAGUUGUUGGCAAGAAUGUAAAACCCUCUAGCCAGCACUGCCAUGUACUUUAAAUGUAGACAGGAAAAUUGACCACCGAAGUUGUCAUUAAACGUAACUCCCUCAAUAAGUCUCUUGAUCAUAGAAACUUUUGUAGUUUGCUUUGACUUUUCGGAUUAUGUUAAAUCUGGUUUUCAAACUUGUGGAAAUAAUCCAGCGUUGUUGUCUCCUGUGAGAUUAGGUUAUGAAUCAAGUUCUGUUCACCACUGGCCGCUUAUGAUCUAGACCAAAAAAGUUUCCUGCGAGUGUUCAGGAUUUUACAGACUUUUGUCAGGGCACUGCAGAGUCCACUACGCAAACUAGCAACGCUUUGUGUUUUUUAGCACUUCCCCUCCAGGAGCUGAAAGCACAUUGUCAUGCCAUGUCUCUGGGGGUGGUAAUUAGUGGACAAGUUAACCCAACUUUCUUUGGGGAUGAGGAAAUUGAAGCACAAGGAAAUUAUAGAAGUUGCACAAAGUUUAGUGAAUGGAUUUACGCUCAUCACGCUGACUCAUCACGCUGAAUUUGUAAAAUGCUUUGUUUGUCAAAGAACUGAAUAACUGUUACCAUGCCUCAGGAUUCCUUCAGUGGUUUAGCUCUCACAUUGCUACAACUGAAGCUUUGUCAAAUAUCCUGUUACAAAGUGCUUUGGAGAAACUGAGGUACCCGACAGUGGAUUGCCAAGAGUUGGACAUGUAAUUGCUCUCUGAGUUGGAAUAGAACUGAAAGCCACCACUCAGAAGUUUGGUCAGUUUUAACAUCGUUGGUUGCUACUUAGCAGCGAGGCUGGUUUCUUAGAAACUGGGUCUUGGCACUGAUCUGUUUUGCAUGAAGAUGAUGAAAGCAUAACCCCUACUGUAGAGCUAAAUGCACUGUGCAUGAAACUUGGAAAAAAACCAAUGUAUAAGCCUGUUGACCCUUACUCUCGGAUGCAGUCCACCUAUAACUACAACAUGAGAGGAGGUGCUUAUCCCCCAAGGUACUUUUACCCAUUUCCAGUACCACCUUUACUUUAUCAAGUUGAACUUUCUGUGGGAGGACAACAAUUUAAUGGGAAAGGAAAGACGAGACAGGCUGCGAAACACGAUGCUGCUGCAAAAGCCCUGAGGAUCCUGCAGAGCGAGCCCCCGCCCGAGAGGCUGGAGGUGAAUGGAAGAGAAUCAGAAGAAGAAAAUCUCAAUAAGUCUGAAAUAAGUCAAGUGUUUGAGAUUGCACUUAAACGGAACUUGCCUGUGAAUUUUGAGUCUUUCCCUCUGAAACAGGUCGCCCGGGAGAGUGGCCCACCCCACAUGAAGAGCUUCGUGACCAAGGUGUCGGUUGGGGAGUUUGUGGGGGAAGGUGAAGGGAAGAGCAAGAAGAUUUCAAAGAAAAAUGCUGCUAUAGCUGUUCUCGAGGAGCUGAAGAAGUUACCGCCCCUGCCUACAGCUGAGCGAGUGAAGCCCAGAAUCAAAAAGAAAACAAAAUCCAUAGUCAGGCUACAGAGCAGCCCAGAAUAUGGCCAGGGGAUGAACCCAAUUAGCAGACUGGCCCAGAUCCAGCAGGCGAAGAAGGAGAAGGAGCCGGAGUACAUGCUCCUCACGGAGCGAGGCCUCCCGCGCCGCAGGGAGUUUGUCAUGCAGGUGAAGGUGGGAAACCAUACCGCAGAAGGAGCGGGCACCAAUAAGAAGGUGGCUAAACGGAACGCGGCCGAGAACAUGCUGGAGAUCCUUGGUUUCAAAGUCCCACAGGCUCAGCCCGCCAAACCAGCCCUCAAAUCAGAGGAGAAGACACCCAUAAAGAAACCAGGGGAUGGAAGAAAAGUAACUUUUUUUGAACCUGGCUCUGGGGAUGAAAAUGGGACUAGCAAUAAAGAGGAUGAGUUUAGGAUGCCUUAUCUUAGUCAUCAGCAGCUGCCUGCUGGAAUUCUUCCCAUGGUGCCCGAGGUCGCCCAGGCCGUAGGAGUCAGUCAAGGACAUCACACCAAAGAUUUCACUAGGGCAGCUCCGAAUCCUGCCAAGGCCACGGUAACUGCCAUGAUAGCCCGUGAAUUGUUGUAUGGGGGCACCUCGCCCACAGCCGAGACCAUUUUAAAGAAUAACAUCCCUUCAGGCCACGUACCCCAUGGACCUCUCACAAGACCCUCUGAGCAGCUGGAUUAUCUUUCCAGAGUCCAAGGAUUCCAGGUUGAAUACAAAGACUUCCCCAAAAACAACAAGAACGAAUUUGUCUCUCUUAUCAAUUGCUCCUCUCAGCCGCCUCUGAUCAGCCACGGCAUCGGAAAGGAUGUGGAGUCUUGCCACGAUAUGGCUGCACUGAACAUUUUAAAGUUGCUCUCUGAGUUGGACCAACAAAAUACAGAGAUGCCGAGGACAGGAAAUGGACCAAUGUCUGUGUGUGGGAGGUGCUGAACCUUUUCUGGCCACGAACCAUUAUAAAAUCCCAACAUAUAUACUGAAAAUACUGAAACUGCUUUGAAAAUUUGGAAUUUCUGAUACCUCCAGUGGGCCGAGAGACAUGAUGGGUAAAGAACUGGAGACAGCAGUGGUGAUGAAGGCGGGAACACGAGGAGGCUGCUGUGGCUGUGCUCGCAUGAGCUCUGGUUUGUCCCCACACCGCCGCAGCUCCUGGGGGAAGGCGGGGCCUGCCAAUCAGCCCCGGCUCCAUUGGGAAACCAGCAGGUCCAUGCCCUGGGCACCUCAUUGCUUGGUUUGGUUUUUUGUUUCGUCUUGGGGCUUUUCUUUGCUGUGUGAAAGAAGAAGCAGAAAACAGAAAGCACGACCCCUUCUCAAACUGGCUUACUCAAACACUUUGGGACAAACCCUGGACACCCACGCUGGAGAGGCGCCUUCGACCGGCCCAGGAGCUGACAGCACGAGGGGAAGUGAGAUGCUUCCUGCUUGGAGCCAGCUCCCUUUCAGGCGUGCUACGGCCCCUCACCCCGUGGUCCCCACACCGUCACCACUGCUUUCUCUCCCAAAAGAGAUAUGUAUUCUUAGUUUCAUUAUUUUCUUUUGAUUGAAAUGACACUAUAUCAAUUUUCAUUUGAGAGUUUCUCAAUUGUAUCUAGUUACAUAGCACAGUUUAGAAACUUGUCUGAGACUGACUUUAUCAGUAAUCUAACCGGCAAAGAUCAUAUCCAUGUGUAUGUGGUUAUACAUUUUUAUGUUAUUGAAGACUAACCCAGGACCAUUUCAGUGAUGCAAAUUGUGUGCCCUCUGGUUUAGCUGAAACAGUCCUGGACUUCUCAGAAAUCUUGAUGAGGUCUCCCACAGUUGUAUAAAUUGGACAAUUUAGGAAUUUUAAACUGUAAAUGAUCAUUUGGUUCCUUUUCUAUUUUAUUUUUGUUAAAUGCAACAAGACAUAAAAAAUGAACUUUGAUCUUUGUUUUAAAGAUUAAAAAAAAAUUGUGUCUCUAUCCUUAUGGCUCUUGAGGACAUGGCGGUCACUACACUGCAGGAUAUGAUCUCCACGUAGCACAUAUCAGGCUGCAGGUGGGUUUCCUUGAGUGCUUUAUACUGUUGGUUACAUCUCCAUGCAGGGCUGAAAAGAAUGGCCUGUUUAUCUCUCAAACUUUGUUGCUUUUGAUGUUGUGUUACUGCGCACGGAAGUGUGUGCAGCAAGGUCCUGCCUCCGGCCUGGUGAAAGCGCGGUGGCCUUGCGAGCUCAGUACGGCUUCGAUUCGUUGUUUACGCUGGAAUUUUUUCUCCCCAUGGAAUGUAAGUAAAACUUAGUGUUUGUCACCAAUAAAUGGUAAUACUAAAUUUUUUUUGUUAAUUUAUUCUCAAAUGCCACUACUGCUAGGUUGGUGCCCUCCCAACCUACCCCUUACCCUUUUUUUUAUUUUUAAGAAAAAGAACUUUGUAAUGCUUGUGAUUCCAUUUGGGCAAAUUCUGAAGAUCUGAAAUAACUUUAUAUCAAACCAUUGAUCAAUAAACAGCUACUAAUGAA